GCGUCUGAAAGCAGGAAGGAGAAAGAGAACAUGGUGCGGAGGUGACCCAGCUCCCGGAGAGAGAGACCCACAACCAGGAUCCUUCUUCUUCUUACUCGAGAGAACCCGAUCCACACACCAGAAAUACCUGAGGUGCCAAGAUGAGUCAGCGGCGUCCGGCGUCCAUGAGGCCUGACGAUGAGGAGAUGCCGUACAGUGACGAUGAGACGGACGAUGAGCUGGAGGUCAGCUCUGAAGAAGAGGAAGAAGAGGAAGAGGCACCAGGAGUCCCACAACCUCCGGUAGAAGCUAAACCCAGCGAGAUCGGAUGGAAGGUGAAAGCCAACGACCGACCCUACCACCACCUGCCGGAGUUCGAGAAGAAAGUCUUCCUGUGCAUCAAGAAAAGCAGAUACUCUGGAAACGCCAUCAAGACGUACAAGUACAACGCCCUCACCUUCCUGCCGCUGAACCUGUACGAGCAGUUCAAGCGAGUGGCCAACCUCUACUUCCUGGCUCUGCUCAUCCUGCAGAUUAUUCCAGACAUUACCACUCUGCCCUGGUACACAACCCUGAUUCCCCUGGUGGUGGUGCUGGGAAUUACAGCCAUUAAAGACCUGGUGGACGAUCUGGCGCGACACAGGAUGGACAAGGAGAUCAACAACAGGAAGAGCGAGGUCCUGCUGGACGGCAGGUUUCAGGAGACAAAGUGGAGGAACAUUGAGGUCGGAGAUGUGGUCCGUCUGAAGAAGAACGACUUCAUUCCGGCCGACAUCCUGCUGUUAUCCAGCUCCAACCCCAACAGCUUGUGCUACGUAGAAACAGCCGAACUCGACGGAGAAACGAACCUGAAGUUUAAGAUGGGACCGAAAGUGACAGACGAGCGGAUGCAGGAGGAACGUCAACUCGCCGGCUUCAACGCUCUGAUCGAGUGCGAGGAGCCGAACAACCGUCUGGACAAGUUCAUGGGGACGAUGACGUGGGACGGCGAGCGUUACCCGCUGGACCUGGACAACAUGAUGCUCCGCGGCUGCACGCUGCGCAACACCGAGGUGUGCCACGCCCUGGUCAUCUUCGCAGGCGCCGACACUAAAAUCAUGAGGAACGGAGGGAAGACGAGAUUCAAGAGGACGAAGAUCGACGAGCUGAUGAACUACAUGGUUUAUACAAUCUUCGCGGUGCUGAUCCUCAUGGCGGCCGGCCUCGCCAUCGGUCACAGUUACUGGUACAGCGAGAUCGGAGAGCACGCCUGGUAUCUGUUCGACGGCGAAUACAAGAGCGCCGCCUACAGAGGCUUCCUCAGCUUCUGGGGUUACAUCAUCGUGCUCAACACCAUGGUGCCCAUUUCUCUCUACGUCAGUGUGGAGGUGAUUCGUCUGGGUCAGAGCAAAUUCAUCAACUGGGACCUGCAGAUGUAUUACGCAGAGAAGGACACUCCAGCUAAGGCUCGAACCACGACGCUGAACGAGCAGCUCGGGCAGAUCGAGUACAUCUUCUCCGACAAGACGGGAACUCUGACUCAGAACAUCAUGCAGUUCAAGAAGUGCACCAUCGCUGGACGCAGCUACGGAGCUCCGACCACAGCUGAGGGCGUGACGCUGGACCGAGGACGGCCGGUCGACUGGAGCUGGAACCGACUCGCUGACAAGAAGUUUGAGUUCAUGGAUCAUUCGCUCGUCGCUGUCGUCCGAUCCGGGAAAGACAAAGACGCGUCGGAGUUCUUCAAGCUGCUGUCGCUCUGCCACACCGUCAUGGUGGAGCACAAAAACGGUGAGGUGGUGUACCAGGCUGCGUCUCCUGAUGAGGGCGCUCUCGUGACCGCCGCCAGGAACUUUGGUUACGUGUUCCUGUCCCGGACCCAGGACACCAUCACCAUCAAGGAGAUGGACCAGGAGACCACCUACGAGAUGCUGGCGCUGCUCGACUUCAACUCGGACCGCAAGCGCAUGUCCAUCAUCUUGAAGUUUCCCGACGGACGGAUUCGUCUCUACUGCAAAGGAGCCGACACUGUGAUCUACGAGCGACUCUCCCCCAACACCAGACACAAGGAGACCAGCCAGACGGCUCUGGACAUCUUCGCCAACGAGACCCUGCGGACGCUGUGCUUGUGUUACAAAGACAUCAGCGCCUCGGAGUUUCAAGCCUGGUCCAGGAAACACAAAGAGGCGCAGGUGUCCAUGAGCGACCGCGACGCCGCCCUGGACCAAGUGUACGAGGAGAUCGAGAGCAACCUGAUGAUGAUUGGGGCGACGGCCAUCGAGGACAAGCUGCAGGACGGAGUUCCUGAGACCAUCGCCCUCCUGGCCAAGGCCGACAUCAAGAUCUGGGUCCUGACCGGAGAUAAGAAAGAAACGGCAGAAAACAUCGGAUACGCUUGUUCACUGUUGACAGACGACAUGGACAUCCACUACGGAGAAGACGUCAAUGAGAAGCUGACCCUUCGUCAGGCCAACAGGAGAAACCAGCCUCCGGCUCCCCGGCUCAAGAAGAAAGCUCCGGAGCCUUUCUUCACCAAGCCGGGGAAGAACGCUCUCAUCAUCACCGGGGGAUGGCUGAACGAGAUUCUGUACGAAAAGAAGAAGAAACGCCGUCGCCUGCGUCUGCGUCGCCUCGGGAAGCGAACGGUGCCCAACAACCCAGCGGACGGACAGCCCAACAACGACCUGGAGAAGGAGAUGAGACAAGUGGACUUUGUGGACAUGGCGUGCGAGUGCGAAGCCGUCAUCUGCUGCCGCGUGACGCCCAAGCAGAAAGGCAACGUGGUGAGUCUGGUGAAGAAGUACAAGAAGGCCGUGACGCUGUCGAUCGGAGACGGAGCCAACGACGUGAACAUGAUCAAGACUGCAGACAUCGGCGUGGGGAUCAGCGGCCAGGAGGGGAUGCAGGCCGUCAUGUCCAGCGACUACGCCUUCGCCCAGUUCCGUUACCUGGAGCGCCUCCUGCUGGUGCACGGGCGCUGGUCCUACAUCCGCAUGUGCAAGUUCCUGCGGUUCUUCUUCUUCAAGAACUUCGCCUUCACUCUGGUUCACUUCUGGUACUCGUUCUUCAGCGGAUACUCGGGGCAGGUCGCCUACGAGGACUGGUUCAUCACACUCUACAAUCUGUGCUACAGCAGUUUACCGGUUCUACUCGUCGGACUUCUGGACCAGGACGUUAAUGACAAACUCAGCCUGAAGUUCCCGAAGCUCUACCUCCCCGGCCAGACGGGCUCGAUGUUCAACUACAAGAACUUCUUCAUCAGCUUGUUCCACGGCAUCUUCGUCUCGCUCAUCAUCUUCUUCAUCCCGUACGGAGCCUUCCUGCAGACCAUGGGCCAGGACGGAGAAGCGCCCUCGGACUACCAGUCCUUCGCCGUGGUCCUCGCCUCCUCGCUGAUCUUCACCGUCAACCUGCAGAUCUCUCUGGACACCUCCUACUGGACCUUCGUCAACUGCUUCGCCGUGUUGGGAAGCAUCGCCAUUUACUUCGGGAUCUUGUUCGAUAUCCACAGCGCAGGGAUCCACGUCAUCUUCCCCUCGAUCUUCACCUUCACCGGCGUGGCCUCGAACUCCCUGCGCCAGCCGUACCUGUGGUUGACCAUCAUCCUGACCGUGGGCAUCAGUCUUCUGCCCGUCAUCUGCAUCCAGUUCCUCCAUAAAACCAUCUGGCCUUCUGUCGGGGACAAGGUGCACAGGAACAGGAAGAGGUACGAGAUGGAGAUGCUGCAGGACGAGAAGAAGAAGAAGCCGCCGGUGUUCCAGCGCGGCCAACGGUCCCGCCGCUCGGCCUACGCCUUCUCUCACUCCCGCGGCUACGCCGACCUCAUCUCCUCGGGGCGGAGCAUCCGGCGGCGAGCGCCAGCCCAGGGCGGCGCCCAGGACAGUAUCAGGGAGUUUCCACAGAGAGAGGCAGAAAACAUCUGAAGAGCGGGAGAGA